AUGCGCUUCUCCACGCUCUUCUCCUUCGUCGCUGUCGCCGCGUCUGCGUUCGCGCAAACGACACUCUCGGGCCAGUACGACUGCACCCCCGCAGGCUCGUACACGCUCUGCCAGAACCUCUGGGGCGAGAGUGCCGGCUCCGGCUACCAGACCACGACGCUGCUGAGCACGAGCGGGAACAGCGUCUCGUGGCGCACGGUGUGGGACUGGCAGAACGGCUGGAACAACGUGAAGAGCUACGCCAACGUCGAGAGCAACACCGCCAAGGGCGUCCAGCUCGCGAGCCUGCAGUCUGCCCCGACGGCCUGGCAGUGGUGGUACGAGAACGAGUCUUCGGUCCGCGCAGACGUCUCAUAUGACAUUUGGACGGGCUGGGCCGCAUCCGGCAACCCCGCUUCUUCCGAUUCCUCCUACGAGAUCAUGAUCUGGCUCUCCGGCCAGGGCGGCGUCCAGCCGAUUGGACAGCAGGUCCAGUGGAGCGUCAGCAUUGCGGGCCACAACUGGAACCUGUGGCAAGGCCCGAAUGCGAACUGGGAGGUGCUCUCCUUCGUGAGCGCCGACGGCGACAUCACGGACUUCAACGCCGACCUCAAGCAGUUCUUCGACUACCUUCAAUGGAACUACGGUGUGUCCCAGUGGCAGUACGUCCAGGCGAUCCAGGCCGGCACGGAGCCGUUCACGGGCAGCGCGAGCCUCUUCACGAACAACUUCAACGUUGCGCUCAACCACUACUGA